GUGCCAACUUAGAAUGGGGAUUAAACUUGGAGCAGUUUAAUAUCUAUUAUCAGUUUAUUUGUAUCAAUCUACAGCAUUAGUAAAAGAUUUCUUAAAAAACCCACAAUAUUUAUUCAUAAAAAUUAAGUUACGAAAUCUGUUAAAUAUGUAACUGCUCCAAAUUAGCCCAAUUGACGGUAAUUAAUUUUUGUGUGUUUUCAAAACUUACCAAGUACAUUUAAAAAAAUUAUAUUUCAUCGAAAAUAACAAUAAUUAGAUGAUGAAAAUUACUUCAACAGUUAAAAUUGAACAAACUGUUCGAAUAUUCAGAAUUAUUCAUUAUUAUAUUUAUUGUGAAUUAUUUUUUUUUAGAAUAUUCAUGAUAACUUCUUAAUUCUAAAUUAUAAUGUCAAGCUUAAGUAAUAGUUUUUAUAAAUCUUUAAAUUCAUUUAUUUUUCUAAAUACUUUUUAAAAUUAUUACAACAGAAAAAUGUUUUACUUACAAAUUCCUAAUAUAAAUAUGUCUAUAUUUGACAUUGAAGAUGCUUCAUUAGCACGUUUGCAACAUUUUGUCACCUAUAGUAAGUUAUCUGACAAACCUAAAUAUGGUGAAUAUUUAAGGAUCUCAUCAUUAUUAGAUUAUUCUGGAUUCUUGUCCUUAAGUUUAACAGGUGAUUCAGAUUUAAAAGAAGUAAUUAUUGAAGGAGAGUGUAAUUUAAUUACUGAGCGUUUGAAUUUAUUAAAACCUCAGUAUAUGAUUAAAUAUUUAAUUCAUACUAUAAAAGAAAUAGAAUGUUUGAAUACUGUAGAUGAAAAUACUAAAUUGUUAUUAAAAGUAUGCAAGGUGUAUAAAGAAAAGCAGCAUGAACCCUGUGAUGAAAAUUGUGAUUUAGAAAGUUUGAAAGUUCCUUGGCAAAAAUGCUUAACAUUAAUGAUAGAAUAUAAAGUUUUUAUUAACAAUGGCAUAGCAACUGUUCCUUGUAAAUUCUGGAAUAAAUUACUAGUUGAUUUAUUUCGAUUUAUUUAUACUAAAUCACUUUACCAAAUAUCCCGAAAUAAUUCUUCACUUUAUGAAAGAGAUCUACGACUCGAAUACAUAACAUAUAGAAUCAAUACUUAUUACAAUUCUAAAGUGAAGUAUUGGAAGAACAAAGUUUGUGAUGUAGCUAUUUCAGAAAUAUGUAAAAAUAACCAUUUGUUACCUCCAUGUAUGUUACUAUCAUUGGACUCAUUGUUUUCUAACCAUCGUCUUGCACAUGAUCCUAGAUAUCGGCUUACUUUGUUUUUAAAAGAAAUUGGUGUUCCAAUAGAACAAACAUUAGAACUUUUUAAGCAGCACUAUUCUAUGUCUCACAAUCAAGGAAGUGUUUGUACACAUUCAUGGGAUGAACAUCAUAAAAAAAUAAUAUAUAAUAUAAAAUAUACGUAUGGCCAAUUAGGAACAAAAAAAAAUUACAGAAUGCAGUCUUGUAUAUUUAUACAGAAGCAAAAUUCUGUCAAAAUGUCAGAUGAAGGUUGUUGUCCUUUUGUCAACUGCAGUAACGAUAAACUCAAAUAUUUAUUAGAAAAAAAUAUUAAGUUGGAUUCUUCAGACCUGGAUACAAUUAAUGAACUCAAAAAUAGUGAUCAACCCAUUCGAGCUUGUCACUGGUAUGCUCAAAAACUUAAAAAUAAAUCAGAUACUUUAUGUCACAAUACUCCUGUGGAAUACUAUUUCAAUUUAAAAUCCAGUACAAAGUGUCACAUAUCUUUAUGAUCAUUAAAAAUGUUAAUAAUUAUUUAA